AUGGCGAAGAAAGGAGCUGCUCGAGCGCCCCCUCAUCUCGUGCAAGGCCCUGGCGGCCAUCUUAGCGAUGCUAGAACGACCAAAAUUGCCCAAGGAAUCAAACGCAAGUCACUGCGUCGUAUGUCUGAUGUGACCGAAGCUGAACUUGAGACGCUGUCCGCUGGAGAAAUGAAUUCAGCUUUCCUUGCUUCAUAUGGAGAAAAUCAAACAACGGAAUCGGACCGUAUGGACUGGAAAAUGAAAACAACGCAAAGACGAUACUCAAAAAAUUCUGAUGUAACGAAGAAUUUGGAAUUUAGAAGAUUUUUUAACGUGAACCUGGACAUUCCAACACUUUUUGUCGGCAUGCUGGCUAUACUCCUGAUCCUCGCGACUCGAGUUGACUCUGACGUGCAAGCCUUGGAUUCACCACAGGAAGCGAGGUACCUCGUGCAAGCCGCUCCAGCUACGGCGACCGAUGGGGCUCCGGACUCAGGACAACAGAUUCAAAGUUGCCGGGAAACCCAUGAAACAUCGGAACUCACCGAAUACACGCAAAGUUUAGAAACAGGUAAUACAGAUUUCAGUUCUAACGAAAAAAUUGAAUCUAUCGCAACUUCUGAAAUUAUUGUCACUACUACAUCGAGCUCCACUCCAGAAACUUCAGUGACUGAAUCCAUCACGACAACUACACCAACCGGUGCUGAGUCUUCUUCUGGAACUUCUGAAUCGGGAGUAUCUACAACUGCUGCAUCGCCAGUCACUGGCUCAGCAACAGAUAGAACACAGUCCGCGACUGUCGGAACUGUUGUGUCUGAAAUUGUCACAUCAGAGUCUGCUUCAGAAACAGCAACUCCAGCUAAAUUCGGAACUUCAGCACAAUAUCCGACUGAAACACGAUCCUCCUCAGAAGGAACGACUGCAGCUUCGUUCACAGCAACGAUUGAGUCCACUACGACACAAGCAACAGAAUCGCCUGUUGUAACUGGUACUGAGAGUGAAUCUCAAACAGAAUCAGAAAUCACCACGACAUCGACAGGAAGAUCAGAAACAGCUUCCACUGCUGGCGAGGAAACUCCAGUGCCAACAACUGUUGAACACAGUGGAUCUGUCACAACUUCAGGAAUUACUACCACUACUGCACCGAGCUCCACCUCAGAAUCUUCAGUGACUGAAUCCAUCGCGACAACUACACCAACUGGUACUGAGUCUUCUUCUGGAACUUCUGAAUCGGGAGUAUCUAUAUCUGCUGUAUCGCCAGUCACUGGCUCUGCAACAGAUAGAACACAAUACACGACAGUCGGAACUGUUGUGUCUGAAAUCGUCACAUCAGAGUCCGCUUCAGAAACGGCAACUCCAGCUACAUUCGGAACUUCAGCACAAUAUCCGACUGAAACACAAUCCAACUCAGAAGGAACGACUGCAGCUUCGUUCACAACAACGAUUGAGUCCACUACGACACAAGCAACAGAAUCGCCUGUUGUAACUGGUACUGAGAGUGAAUCUCAAACAGAAUCAGAAAUCACCACGACAUCGACAGGAAGAUCAGAAACAGCUUCCACUGCUGGCGAGGAAACUCCAGUGCCAACAACUGUUGAACACAGUGGAUCUGUCACAACUUCAGGAAUUACUACCACUACUGCACCGAGCUCCACCUCAGAAUCUUCAGUGACUGAAUCCAUCGCGACAACUACACCAACUGGUACUGAGUCUUCUUCUGGAACUUCUGAAUCGGGAGUAUCUACAUCUGCUGCAUCGCCAGUCACUGGUUCAGCAACAGAUAGAACACAAUCCACGACAGUUGGAACUGUUGUGUCUGAAAUCGUCACAUCAGAGUCCGCGUUAGAAACGGCAACUUUAUCUACUUCAGCUACUGAAUUCAGUAGCGAAAAUCAUGCUCAUGUAUCAAGCGUUCCGUCGCAUGUCUCUGGAAGUCAUCAGCUGAAUCCUAGCACUAGGGAAUCAACUCAAGAAUCACAUCAUCUCUCAUCGUCAGCGUCGUCGUCCUCCUCAGGCUUCGAGUUGAGCUUCAGCGCUGUCAUGUGGACAACCCCACUGAUCACCACCACGACAACACCACCACCACCCAUCCCCUGCCAGGACAUCACCCUCACCAAAGAACAACGCAUCAUGACCAUCACUUCGCCAUACUACCCCAAACUCUACCCUUGCAACUAUCACUGUGACUUCCGCAUCACGAGCCCCGAAGGCACACACAUCUUUAUGGCCUUCGAAACGUUGAAGGUUGAAUACACCGAAAAAUGUACUAAGGACUACGUGCAGAUCGAAGGCCUGAAGGAUUACUUCGGCGUUAAGAUGUGCGGCACUAAGCUCCCACCGAGCUGGAUGACCCUCGUCUCGAAGACCAACUAUGUUGACGUGACCUUCCAUAGUGAUGGCUGCAAGCAACUCCGAGGCUUCAAGAUGUUCAUUAAAAUUGCUUAACGUUUUCAACGAAGAAAACGUUACCAGCUGGAUGACCCACGAAGGAUGACCCUAGGAUAUCUCGCAACUACACACUUGGUAUUGAAAAUUGUUAGGAAAUGUUCGUAUACACGCACAUCUCAUUACGGUUGACAGUAAAAACCUCAAUAUUGCUGUACUUCAACCGUACAUUAGCCAACACACAACUUGGUUUUGAUCAAGUGUUACACAUGCUAUGAAAUAUUGAGAAAUAUAACAGAUUGCAAUUGA